CCUUUUUCUGCCGCGGGCUCUCACGGGAGCCUGACUCUUCUAAGCUUAGCCCUACGAGUUUGUUCCCGCACGUGGGAGGCCCAUCGCAACCUUGAGCGCGAUGCCCCGCGCGCCUCGUUGCCGGGCCGUGCGCGCUCUGCUGCGCAGCCGGUACCGCGAGGUGUGGCCACUGGCGACCUUCGUGCGGCGCCUGGGGCUUGAGGGCAGGCGGCUUGUGCAACCCGGGGACCCAAAGGCCUUCCGCACGUUGGUUGACCGGUGCCUAGUGUGCGUGCCCUGGGGCUUGAAACCUCCACCUGCUGGCCUUUCCUUCCACCAGGUGUCAUCCCUGAAGGAGCUGGUGGCCAGGGUCGUGCAGAGACUCUGCGAGCGCGGCGAGAGAAACGUGCUGGCUUUUGGCUUCGCUCUGCUUAACGGGGACCAAGGCGGGCCUCCCAUGGUCUUCACCACCAGCGUGCGCAGCUACUUGCCCAACACAGUUACUGAGACUGUGCGCGGCAGCGGAGCAUGGAUGCUACUGCUGAGCCGAGUGGGCGACGACCUGCUGGUCUACCUGCUGGCACGCUGUGCGCUCUACCUGCUGGUGCCCCCCAACUGUGCCUACCAGGUGUGCGGGUCACCCCUGUACCAAAUUUGUGCCACAGCGGAUACCCGACCCUCCGUGCCCACCAGCUAUAGGCCCACACAACCUGUGGGCAGGAAUUUCACCAACCUUGAGUCCACACAGCGGAUCAAGAACAGCAGCCACCGGGAAGCACGGAAACCGCUGGCCUUGCCAGCUCGGGGUGCGAAGCGGCGUCAGAGCAUCACCGACAGAAACCUGCCUUCAGCUAAAAAGGCCAGGUGUGAUCCGGCCCUCAGAGUGGAGAAUGGACCCGACAGGCAGGCAGUUCCAGGCCCAUCAGGCAAAACACAAGUGCCAGGUCCUGCCAAGUCCACCAUGGUGCCUACUGGUAGAGCUACCAAGGGAAAUUUAUCUUCGGAAGGAAGGGCAUCUGGCCUGAGUCUCUCUGGGUCAGUGUACGGUAAACACAAGCCCAGCUCCACAUCCCUGCAGUCACCACCGUGCCAAGAUGGCUUUCAGCUCAGACCAUUUACUGAGACCAAACGCAUCCUCUACUCCAGGGGAGGUGGCCGAGAGCAGCUGAACCCCUCCUUUCUACUCAACAACCUCCAGCCUAGCUUGACUGGAGCCAGGAGACUGGUGGAGAUCAUCUUUCUAGGCUUGAGGCCUAGGACGUCAGGACCACUCAGCGGGACACGCCGCCUAUCUCGGCGAUACUGGCAGAUGAGGCCCCUAUUCCAGCAGCUGCUUGUGAACCAUGCAAGGUGCCCGUAUGUCCGACUGCUCAGGUCACAUUGUAGGUUCCGGACAGCAGCUCACCAGGUGGCAGAUACCUUGAGCACCAGCCCUCAGCACCUCAUGGAUUUGCUCCGACUACACAGCAGCCCCUGGCAGGUGUACAGCUUCCUGCGGGCCUGUCUCCGCAAGCUAGUGCCUGCGGGUCUCUGGGGUACCAGGCACAAUGAGCGCCGCUUCUUGAAGAACGUGAAGCAGUUCAUCUCCCUGGGGAAGUAUGAAAAGCUCUCGCUACAGGAGCUGAUGUGGAAGAUGAAAGUGGAGGACUGCACCUGGCUUCGCAGCAGCCCAGGGAACAACUGUAUCCCAGCCUCAGAGCACCGUCUGAGGGAGAGGACCCUGGCAAUGUUCCUGUUCUGGCUGAUGGACACCUAUGUGGUAGAGCUGCUCAGAUCAUUCUUCUACAUCACCGAGACCACAUUCCAAAAGAACCGGCUGUUCUUCUACCGUAAGAAUGUAUGGAGCAAGCUGCAGAGCAUCGGCGUCAGGCAACACCUUGAGAGAGUGCAGCUGCGGGAGCUGUCGCACGAGGAGGUCAGGCAGCGUCAGGAGGCCUGGCCAACCAUGCCCAUCUGCAGACUGCGCUUCAUCCCCAAGCCCAGUGGUCUCCGGCCGGUUGUGAACAUGAGCUAUAGCAUGGGUACUGGAGCCUUUGGCAGAAAGAAGCAGGCCCAGCAUUUCACCCAGCGUCUCAACACACUGUUCAGUGUGCUCAACUAUGAACGGACAAAGCAUCCUAACCUCAUGGGAGCGUCUGUCCUGGGCAUGAAUGACAUCCACAGGACCUGGCGGACCUUCGUGUUGCGUGUGCGCUCUCUGGACGUGGCCCCCAGGAUGUACUUUGUCAAGGCGGACGUGACUGGGGCGUACGACGCCAUCCCCAAGGACAAGCUUGUGGAGAUGAUUGCCAAUAUGAUCAGACACCCAGAAAACACGUACUGUAUCCGCCAGUACGCAGUGGUCCAGAGAGACAGUCAGGGACAAAUCCACAAGUCCUUCAGGAGACAGGUCUCCACACUCUCUGACCUCCAGCCGUACAUGGGCCAGUUUGUGAAGCAUCUGCAAGACCCACAUGCCAGCGCACUGAGGAACUCCAUUGUCGUCGAACAGAGCGUCUCUCUGAACGAGGCCAGCAGCAGCCUGUAUGACUUCUUCCUGCAUUUUGUGCAUAACAGUGUCGUGAAGAUUGGUGGCAGGUGCUACGUCCAGUGCCAGGGCAUCCCCCAGGGCUCCAGCCUGUCCACCCUGCUCUGCAGUCUGUGUUUUGGUGACAUGGAGAACAAGCUGUUUGCCGAGGUGCAGCAAGAUGGGCUGCUUUUACGUUUUGUUGAUGACUUUCUGUUGGUGACACCUCACCUGGUCCAGGCAAAAGCCUUCCUCAGGGCCUUAGUCCGUGGCAUUCCUGAGUACGGCUGCAUGAUAAACUUGCAGAAGACCAUGGUGAACUUCCCUGUGGAGACGGGUGACCUGGGUGGUGCGGCCCCUCAUCAGCUGCCCGCUCACUGCCUGUUUCCCUGGUGUGGCUUACUGCUGGACACUCAGACUCUGGAGGUGUUGUGUGACUACUCCGGGUACGCCCGGACAUCAAUUAAAACCAGCCUGACCUUCCAGCGGGUCUCCAAGGCUGGGAGGAACAUGCGAUGCAAGCUUUUGGCAGUUUUGCGGCUGAAGUGUCACGGUCUGUUUGUAGACUUGCAGGUGAACUGCCUUCAGACAGUCUGCAUCAAUGUGUACAAGAUCUUCCUGCUUCAGGCCUACAGAUUCCAUGCAUGUGUGCUUCAGCUUCCCUUUGACCAGCGUGUAAAGAAGAACCCUACAUUCUUUCUGGGCAUCAUCUCCAACAUAGCAUCCUGCGGCUACUCCAUCCUGAAGGUCAAGAAUGCAGGAAUGACACUAAAGGCAAAGGGUGCCUCCGGCUCAUUUCCUCCUAAAGCUGUACGUUGGCUCUGCUACCAAGCCUUCCUGCGCAAACUGGCUGCUCAUUCUGUCAUUUACAAGUGUCUCCUGGGACCUCUCAGGACAGCCCAAAAACAGCUGUGCCGGAAGCUCCGAAAAGCAACGAUGGCCAUCCUGGAGGCUGCAGCUGACCCAGCGGUAAGCACAGACUUUCGAACCAUUUUGGACUAACUCUGACCCCUUCAGCUGAAUGAACAUGAGCACUGUAGCCCCAGCGCUUCAGGACCCACAUCACAAGACAGACCGGCCUGUUGUGAGCUGAGCUUAGCUUGCCCUCCAAAACUUCUGUGUCCUGGGCGAGCAGAAGUUUGUCCCAAUGCCUUGUUUCCUGUGGUGGCUUGAUUUCGUUCUUCAUGUCCUUAGGAAAGCAAUCCCACCCUCUUUACUGGCAGGGAUCCACUAGCCACCAACACAAAGAGGAGGCAGAAGCCUGGCAUGGGCCCUGGGACAAUGUGGACAGAUGUGAGAUGCCUGGGCCCUGGUGUCUUUUUCACACCUAACCUUCGAGCCUCUCCCAAUGGAGUCAGACUGUCUCAGAGAUGAGCCAGUGACUUAAAUUGCAGCCUAAAUACACUCCGAGUGUCCUACCUACGUUUCUCUUGCUGUGAUAAAAUACCAUGACCAAGCCAACUUAUGAAAGCAGGAUUUUUUUUUUUUUUUUUUUUUUUUUUAACUAGACCAGUAGCUGAGAGUUUACAUCUUGGUCCAUAAGCACAAGGCAGAGAGAACUAACUAGAAAUGGUGGGAGUCUUUUUUUUUUUUUUUAUAAUGUUUUCAGAGUCCACUUUAAUUUUCAGAGAUAGUCUGACAAAUAAUUAAAAAAGAGAUGGAAGGUUAAAGUCAAACAUCUCGUAGUGAAAGGGACCACACUGGGGACAUUCCAUAACUUCUCUGAAGCUAAGAUUCCUUGGCAGCAUUUGACAGUAACCAUGGCAGUUAUCUCCUGAGAUCACUGUGCUGAUAAAAUAGGCUGACGUGUGUUGGUACUCAACCAGACAGUCACACCCAAAUAAAGAGUACACCAUGAAAGUGUUGUUCGUCAUCAUACUACUUUGAGCUACCAUUCAAAAAGACUUCUACUCAUAUGUUUCUCUGAUUUUCACCCUGCUCCCGUUGUUUUGUUUUGUUUUUGUUUUUCAAGACAGUCUCACUGUGUAACUCUUGAUUGUCCAAUAAUUCACUAUGUAAACCUGGCUGGCCUCAGGUCACCUAGCUCUGCCUGCCCCUGCCUCCCUAGUGCUGGGAUUAAAGGCGUGCACCACUGUUCCCAGCUUGUUUCCUAAGUCACUCCACUGAUUCCACAUUAUGCCUCUUCAUCACAAAGCCACAUCCAAACUGCCUCUCUGUAUCUCUUGCAUAAACUAGUUUUUUUUCUACUCUAACCUGAUCCUCUCCUCCAGUUUUGUGAGUUUCCCACCUUUGAGCAAUUUCCUUUGCUGAGCCCACACAAUAGAGGUCUUAUCGCCUUCCCUUUGCUUUUUCUCCCUUUCUUUCCUUCUUUUCUCAUUUUUAUCUUUUUGUUGUUCUUUUCAAUACAGUAUUGUCCUGCUUACAGUUUUUCCUCCCUCUACCCUCCCAGUUCCUGCCCACCUCCCCUCUCCUCCAGAUCCACUUCCUUUCUGUCUUGCAUUAGGAAAAGAACAGGCUUCUGAGAGAUAACAACCAAUCAUAACAAAAUUAAUUAUAAUAAGGUAAAACAAAAACCAUCACAUGGAGGCUGGAUCAAGUGGUCCAACAGAAGGAAAAGAGCCCCAAGAGUAGGCACAAGAAUCGGAGACCCACUUGUUCACAUACCCGGACAUCCCAUAAAAAAUACUAAGCUGAAAGCUAUAAUAUAUAUGAGAGAACCUGGUGCAGACCCCCCUGUCUGCCCUGUUUCAGCAUCUGCUUAGUUGAUUGAAAGGGCCUUGUUCGGAUGUCCUCUUUCCCCUCCAGCCCUUAGCACUCUUUUUGCCUCCUCUUCCUCAGGGUUUCCUGAGCUCUGGCAAGAAGGAUAUGAAGAGGUUUUGGCUGAGGUCUCUGGGUUAUCUAGUCUCUGGUUCUUGGUCACCCAAGCCAUGUUGGGUAUGGGUUCCAUCUUGUGGAAUGGGCCUUAAGUCAAAUUAGACAUUGGUUGGCUACUCCCACGAGUUUUGUGCCAUUAUUGCCCUAGCAUAUCUUACAGAUAGGACAGAUUGAAGGUCAAAGGCUGGGUUGGUGUCUACGUUUCUCUUUUGGUAGCCUGUAGAGUACGGCCCCCACCAAAGACAAAAGAAUGUAGGGUGAAGGCUCUAUGUAGGCACUACCUUGAUUUCUCCAUGUUCAGUGAGUUGUGUGGGUGUUGUCCUCAGCAAUGAGGCCUUGCUGUCAGUUUGCAGAGAACAACCCAUUGUCUUAGCAACAGCCCAGGAUUUUUGGGGGGGUGAUUUUUAUAGGACCUCCUUGGGCAACAACUCAAUUGAAUGCAACCCACUCCUGGUACUGAAAGCCUCAUUUGGUAACAAGAGAUGGCCAGUCGUGACUCAGUAUCCCCUGUUAUUACGAGACUUCUUUAGGAUUGUCUUCAUAUAUUUUAGGAAGUUUCUACUGAAGUAGGUUUCCAUAUCAUCCCUCAAAUGCCCAUUAAUUCCAGCUGUCUCCCCAUGAAUUCCCUCCCUCAACCCUGUCUUCUUUCUCCCUCCCCACUUGAUCCUCCCAUUCCCCAGCCCCCAAUCCACUUGUAAAAUCUAUUCUACCUCCCUGGCCAAGGAGACCCAUGUGCCCAUCCUAGUCUCUUUAUACCUAACCUCUGUGAUUCUUUCAAUUGUGCUGGGUUAUCACUGACUUUAUAGCUUAUAUCCACAUAUAAAUGAAUACUUACUGUAUAUGUCUUUCUUCUAUCCAUUUACCUCUGAGUUCCAUGAUGUCUUUUUUUACAUAGCUGAGUAAUACUCCAUCGUGUAGAUUUACCACACUUUGUUUAUCCAUUCCUCUGUUGAGGGGCGUCUAGGUUGUUUCCAGUUUAUGGUUGUUGUGAGAACUGUAAUGAACAUGGUUGAGCAAGUAUUGUGGUGAGAUGAAGCAUCCUUUGGAUAUAUGCCCAAAAGUGGUGUAGCUAAAUCAUUCCCAACUUUAUAAACUGACAUAUUGAUUUCCAUAGUUGUUGUACAAGUUUGCAGUAGUGGGAGUAAUUUGAAACCUCAAAGCCUCCUCCCAGUGGCAUACCCCCUCCAAUGAGGCCACACCUCCUGACCCAGUUCCACCAACUGGGAACCUAUGAAAUAUAUGAGCCUAUGGAGGCCACUCUGAUUCAAACCACCACAUUCCAUUCCCUGGUCCUCAUACCCUUGUAGCCACUUCUAAUGCAAAAUGCAUUCAGUCCAACUCAAAAGCCCCUAUAGUUCUUCACCAUCUCAGCACUGUUUUAAAGUCCAGAGUCUCAGCUGGGUGGUGGUGGCUGUACACGCCUUUACUCCCAGCACUUGGGAGGAAGAGGCAGGUGGAUCCCUGAGUUCAAGGCUAGCCUAGUCUAUGCAGUGAAUUUCAGGACAGCCAGGGCUAUGCAGAAAAACUCUUGUCUCGGGAAGGAGGAGGGAUUCCAAAGUCUCUUCUGAGACUCAAGGCAAUCUUAAUUGUAUCCCCUGUAAAAUCAAAAAGCAAGUUAUAUACUUCCAACAUAAUAGCACAGAAUAUACUUUACCUUUCCAGAAAUAGAGGAAAGAGGGAUUGUGAGGAACUACUGGACCAAAGCAAAACCAAAACGAGGAAAAACUUCAAAUUCUGUAUCUCUGUGCCUGAUGCCAAAAAGCUUAUUAGAUGUCUCUUCAUGUCUCCCAUUCCUUCCAGCUUUGUUGAUGGGCUGGUUCCAUACCCUGCCUGCAGCUGUCCUUGGAAGGUAUCCCAUGGCUUUGGUAUUUCCAACAUCUUAGGGACUCCAAUUCAGAUUUCACCUUCACAGCUUCAUGUGAUGACCUGUCUGAGUCUCCAUGCAGACACUCCCCUACCACACACCUGGUCCCCUUAACCACAGAAGAGGAUCCCAUAACCCCUUUCUCUCCACCUCUUCCCAGUGACAUAUCGUGAUAAAACUAUAAUAUUGUGGCUGAUGCUGCCAAGUUCUUCUGCUUGCUUGGGCUGAAACCUGGCCCCCUCCAUGACUUUCAUUUGCAUAAGUUGGGACCUGUUGAUGACAUGUUUCUAAGUGGCCUUCAGCCUUUCCGAGGGUGCAGGCAGCUGGAUGGAUUUUCUUUCUGAAGGUGCCACUCCCUUUAUUUCAUUUAUCAUCAGGCCUUCACAUCUCCUUGAGCACAAGGCUUGGCUCCAACAUUGUGCUUCCUGGUGCUCAUUAUUGCCUCAAACUAUAUAUGCAUUUGUUUCACCCCUCUUGCUCUUUUUAACUGAAGCUCUACAUAAGAGUGGUCACUAAUAACCAUGUGACACAGUCAGAAAAGGUUAUUUUGAAAUCUCCUCCACCAGUGACAUUAGCUAGGAACUCUUCAAGUUAGCCUCAGAUUUUUAGGACCAGGACAAAAAUGCCACAUCUUUGCCAAAGGUCUGUAGCCUGGCUGCUAAUAUUGACCCCCUCUAAAAGCGCUUGAGCUGGGCCUCCAUGACCCCUAUUGUUCACAGUACUACUGUCUUCUGUGCUUCUACUAGGGCAACCCAUUAAGCCCCACUUACAUCAUUUAACUGAUUAUCUAGUAUGUGACCCGCCCUACACGCCUCCCUCAGCCCUUGAGUAUGACAGACUCAAUGACUGACCUCUGGGAGCAGCUUCGGUGAGACUGUUCAACAAAGGCUAUAUAGUUCUCAGGAGAGUGGGUGGCGUGUUCCCAGGGUAGGUGUGCACUAUUGGCUGGGGCUUGAGAUGCAGGGAAGGCUUUACAUUCCAGGAAUUCCAGAGACUAGUGUGCAGCAGGUUCUUAUCAGGAGAAAGGAAGUUGAACCUGCAUUUUGGCCGUGAGUUAAGUGACCUCCCUCACAGGUGGAGCUGUGUUUAGAGACAGUCUAAUUCAGGUAGAGAGAAAGAAGCCCCUUGCUGAGAAAGGUAGUCCUCCAUUCUGCACCAAGCUUGGGAGAGCUGUCUAGACAUGGUGGAGUGAGACCUCAAACAGCAGGGUAUUCCAGAACUAGUCCAAAGUCUUUCAUAUUUCUCCAAGCAACAGAAUGGUGAUGGCUGUCACAGCAAUACCUAAGUCCCUGGUACUAACUUCUGUCACAAUGACUUUAAUUACCAUUCUAUUUUUGUAAAGAAGCAACAUGAUCAAGGCAACUAAUAAAGGAAGACAUUUAUUUGGGGUCUUGUUUACAGUUUCAGGGGGUUAGUCCAUGAUCAUCAUGGCAUUGGAGCAGUAGCUGAAACAGUUCACAUCUGAUCCACAAGUACCAGGCAGAGAGAGACAGAGACUAGGCCUGGCAUGAGCUUUUAAAGCCUCAAAGCCCAUUUGUAGGGACACACCUCUUGCAACAAAGCCGUACCCCCUAACCCUUCCCAAACAGUUCCACUUACUGGGGACCAAAUAUUCAAAUAUAUAAGCAUAUAAGGUCCAUUUUCAUUCAAACCACAACAACUGAACAAAGAAGAUGAAGACCCCUACAAUGAAAACUUUAAAUCUCUGAAUCAAUUGAGGAAGAUACCAGAAAACAGAAAUUUUUUCUAUGUUAACAGAUUAGAAAAAUAAUUAUUGUGAAAACCUAUAGAAUAACCAUCCUACUGAAGGUAAUUUAUGGAUGCAGUACAAGCUCAAUAAGAACCCCACAACAUUCUUCAGAGAAAUGGGAAUAAAAGGAGUCCUAAGAUUCAUAUGGAACUACAAAAGGCUACAGACACCGAAGCAGUCCUGAGCAAAAAUAAUGCUGAGGAGAUACCAUUCUCAAGAUUACAGAGCUAUAGUAAAAUAGCACAAAAACCAUAUAGUAAUGGCACAAAAACAGACACAAGGAGCAACAAAACAAAAUAGAAGAUCCAAACAUGAGUGCAUGAAAUACAGCCAUCUGAUAUUUGAUGAUACCAAAAAACACCUAUUGGAGGAGAGACAGCAUUUUCAACAAAUGGUGAGAAUAAAUAAAUAAAUAAAUAAAUAGAGGUCCACAUUCUGAAGAAUGAAAUUAUAGCCUUAUAACUAUAGAUUCCAAAACUAACUCCAGAUGGACCCCAAACCUCAAUAUGAAGUUUUAAACUGCUAGAAGAAAACAUACGCACUACCUUACAAGAUAAAGGUUUAGAUAAAGGCUUUCUGAAUAGGACUCUAUUUGCCUGGGAAUUAUGACCAACAAUUGACAAGAGUGGGAUUUCAUAAACUAAAAAGCUUCUUCACAGCUAAGUGUUGUUGAUUGUUAAUAUUUACUGUUGAUUUACCUUUUAGUUAAACAGUGGUUAUUCCUAAACCAGCUGUAUACCCAAAUCACCACAUGGAGACUAGGAUUUAUUUAAUUAACCUAGAGCACAAUACUGGGCAAUAAUUAUUCCAUCCUAAACCUCCAAGCCCACAUAGCUUCUUCCCAUUCAGAAUUCCCACAUUAUACUUGCUUUUUAGUCAUAUCUUAGAUCCAGUUCAUCUCUCCUGGUGUUCCCAGGUCCUCUCCUCUCAGAUUUCUCUUUUCUGACCCUCCUCCCACUUGCUUCCUUCUCCUCCCUAUGGAUCAGGAUGUCCCACCCUAUUCUCUCCAUUGCUCAGCAUUGGCUGGUUGUUUUAUUGGCAAUACGGAGAACCCACAAACUUGAUGUCAAACUUGACAGGUGAUGCUUAAAAUAAACAUCACAAUACAAUGUCCAGAUUGAAACCAGAAAGUGGGAUAGAGAAAUCAGCAUGUGAAUGAACAAGGGUAAAUUGUACACAUUCCACAAGAACAUUAUACCAACAUUUUCCCCUUUAAGUCCAAUAAAAGUCUCCUUUUCUUUCAAUACAAUAAUAAUUAUAAAACAGUUAUGAAAACUAUUAGGUAAGAUUUAUAUGUGCAAUGUCUAGUCCAUGUGCAUUUGGCAAGGAGAAAGUAUUUGAUUAUUCUAUUUUGACAAGUUUAAAGUUCUAUACCUAAAUUAACUUUUAUCCAUAUUGGUAUUGCCUAUAUGAAAACAAUUUUCUUAAAUUCUAAACAACUUAAGCUUAAUUGUGGAACUAUAACUACUUGGUCUGUAACCCCACCAGAGACUUGGGAAGGAAUAAAAUUAGUUACUGGAAUAAAUAGGAAGUGCAUGUUAGCAGCUUCCAAAAAAAUAAAAAAUUGACAAGAGACAGUUUGCUGCCUGAACAAUCACCCAAAACUUUCUAUAACAUUGGAACAUCAUCUUCAUCCUUCUGGCUCAGUGUAUUUGACAGACAUAUAUAUGAAGCAGGAACUAUUUAGGACAUGCUUACCCUGUCUUGGCAGAGUUUGGCAGUCGACUGUGCCUGCAUUUAAGCUUGCCCAUAUUAGCCAAAUUCUUCCUGUCGUGAAACAAGGGCAUUUUCUUUCUGCCUGGGUGGCUUCAUAUGGAGGUUCUUUGAUGCUCAUCAUGUUCUUUGAGGUAGGCUGGGUAUUGCCAGAAGAUGACCUGUCUCACUGUCAAAGACUUUUUAAAAUAAUAAAGACAUUUUUAAAUGCCAUAGUCUGUAGGUCUCUGAGGUUUUUAAACACUUACCUAUCUUUAUAUAAUCAUAUCUAUCUGUCAAACUAGGAUGUAUACUCCUGUGAUAAAUUAGACUAGUGCCUGAUGUUACUAUAAAUUAAUUAACAAUUAACUUGCAUUACUGAAUAUCUUAACCUUAUUUUCUCUCUGAAUAAGAUCAUUAACAACCUAUAACCAUCUUCCAAUGAAAAUAAACAUUCAUAGCCUCAGAAUACAAAAAGAACCUACCCAACCCUCUUUAAAGGAAAUUUGGCAUUGUUCUCAGGAAUUUUUUUUUUUUAGCUGAUUUUUCAGAAACACAGAAAUCCUGUUAAGGGGCCCAAAGAACGUUGGGGAAAAUGAUUAAUUAAUCAAGCAUUAAUAUUUGUGGCCCAGUCUUUGUGAAUGUUGAGAAUUUUCAGGCUUAAGAGAAGUCCUGUUUGGAACCAUCUAAAAUGCUGGACCAAUUGAGAUUCGUCGCUUUCUUCACAGCUCUCUUGAGAGCAGGCUUUGAUGAGAAAUAGCAAUUGAAGUAGUUGAGGCAGGAACAAGCAGAAUGCAGGAACAUGCAAGAUGUUGGAAGAGAUGUGUCAACAUCUCAGCAUGCUGGAAGGAUGAAUUCUGUCAGGUUUGAUCCAGCAUCCCCAGUGGUCUAGUCCUUUUGUUCUGCAAACAGGUAAUUUCUCACAAGCAUUAUACAAUCCUAAAAUUAUAAAUGAAUGAAAUGUGCAAGAUGAAACUAAACUGUCAACCAGUUUAGUUUAUCUAUACCAAUUAAAAGAAAGACAUAAUAAAAUUUGAGGCUAUUGUAGCCAAAGAUUUAUUGGCUGCGUAUUGUUCAGGUUCUGGCUGGAGACAUUUUUUUAUGUCUCGGUCAGUUUCAGAGUUGUUCCCAUGUGAAGGGAUCAGCAAUUUAUGUUGCCUGUUCUGUUUAGUCUCCUUGAUUUCUCUCUUGUGUGUGGCCAAGAUCUUCAGGAGGUCUUCCUCUGUCAUUUCUGAUUUUUAUUAGUUUUGAUGGAUCCCGCAAUUUCUCUUCUCCUGUAUUAACAUACACAAAACCUCUUCCCCAGCGUAACACAUUCCCCGCUGCUCUAAUUCAGCAGUCCUUUCUAAAGUCCACUGUGUCCUAGCAGCUGUUCUACUUACCUCAUUUAAACAUUUUGAAAUUGAUAAAUCAUUAUUUAAUCUAUCUUGGGGAGAUAUUACAUUUCCCUUUUGUUUUACGACCAACUUUUUAAAAUUACUGUUAGAUAUUUUCACAAUUGUUCGACCUAUAGGACUAUAAGUUAUAUCAUUAAUGGAUUUCAUGUUAUAAUGUCUAAAAUAUUGUUGGAUUCUCAUAGAUACACUUGCUGAAGCACCAUCAGCCCCAAUUUGCAAGGGCAUCUCCAAAACAUUCACCAUCUCUAACAAAUUUGUAACCUUAGGACCAUGCUCUCCAGAAUUUAAGGCAAAAAGCCCCCUGGAAUUCUGAAUAUGAAUCUAUGGCAUGGCUCAUGCAUUUCAGUUCUCCAAACUCUGUAAAAUGGCGCACACCAGCCACUGUUUGACCUUGUUCCAAGACAACACUAAACCGGAUCUGCAUUUCUACUUUAGCAUAUAGACCUUCAUCCAGUAAUUGAACCUUAAAAAUACACACACAAUCUCCAGUCUGACCAAGUUGGCCUAUAGCUGAAGACUUUCUCUCCAGCAUCUCAAUGGGCUAGCAUUUUGCAAUAUCUUCAAACUUCUGUGGACUUUUCUCAUCUGGAACCACCUCUUUUGGUGUUAUUGUAAAUAGCAGAUUGGAUUGCUCUGAAGGCUCUCUAUUUUGAUUCAAAGAUUCCCCUAACCUAUGUUCUAUGGCCUUUAAUUUUUCCUUACUCCUAGACCAUUGUUCAAUAAAUAGGUUGGUCAGCCAACCACCUUAGUGGUAAGACUAUAGGUAUUUUAUCAGGAGUGGCUUCCCAACAUGAAGUUGAAAAGACGGCCUCUGCUGUAUUUUGUUUAUGGACAGCCUGGACAGUCUAUAAGUGUUUUUUUAUGGCAUUUUAAAAUAAUUUUAACUUAUCUUUCAGGAGUAUUAUCUGUUUGGGUUUUUUUGGUUUUUUGUUUUUUGUUUUGUUUUUGGCUUGCCUCUGAAAUUGGGGGGAUGUUAAUCUGGGUUUUCCAUUGUUGUAACAAAUCUCUUCCUCAUAAGUUUAUGGCUAUUUCAGCCAUGUAUGGCCUUAAUUUUCCUAUUUGACCUUCUGGUCCUGUACAUUUAAGCCUGACACUUUGUUUUACUUUAGAUAAAACUCCAAUUCCUGGGAAUUGGAUAUCCACCUCUUAAAGUGGUUAAUCUGGGGGCCAGGAUUUAGGAGUAAUAAUUGUGACAUUAGCUCCAGUAUCCACCAUGCCUUCAAUUUCAAUAUUAUUUAAAAUUAUCUUUAACUUUGGCCUUUGAUCAUUUAUAGAGUUUUGCCAACAUAUUUGUUUUUUGUUCCCUUCCUGGUUUUUGAUUUAUCUAUAGAACUUGCUCUGAUCUUGCUGUCUGAUUUUUUUUAAAUGUUUAUUCCCAGAGCAGUGGUGUUUAAUUUUCUUAUGGAGGAGUAUCCCUGUCCUGUAUUGGGGCCUGCGAGAGGCCCCUUUGGGUGUUUUUUGAUAAAGGAUUACCCCAUUUAUCUCUUAUCUAUUAUCUACAUUCACUAGACCAGUGUCGACCCUUGCCACAUCUUCUGCAUAUUCUAGGAAGCACAGGCUCCCUUCUUGAAUUAUUUUGGUUUUCCCUGUAAUUUCCUUUGUAGUAACCUUGCCCACCACAAUGAAGACAUUUCCCAAAAUCCUUAGGGGUAGCUUCUCCUAUUAAGGUCAUACUGGGUGAGUGAGGUCUGAUAUCAAUUGUAUUUCUGAUCCAUUUGUCUAUUGGUGCAGAUCUUGCUCUUAACGGCCUUAUUGCCUCUUUGCAUUCCAUAUUAACAUGUUCCAAAGCUAAAGAUUGUAUUAGUGCCUUUCUAGCUACUUGAUCUUAUAUACUUCUGUUCAUAGCUGAGGUCAAUCUUUGCAAAAAGCUAGUGUAUAUUUCAUUUGAACAUUGUAUGAUCUGAGAAAAUGGCUCAAGCCUUUUUCUUGUUUCCUCAACCUUGUCCCAAGCAUUUAAGGCUGCUAGGCAACAUAAUGCUAAGGUUUCUUCAUUAUAUACAGUUUGCAUCUCUGUGUCAGCAUAUUGGCCAUCACCAAGCAGCUGUUCCUUAGAAACACCGAUUCCUCUGGCUCUAUUUUUGUGUGCUAUCUCUCUAGCCUCUUCUCUCCACCAUGAGAUCCAUUGUAAAUAUGGCCCAGGUUCUGAUAUUGCCUUUGCCAUAUCCUCCCAGUCUUUUGGGAUUACUCUACUUCUAACUGGCCAGGAAGUCAGCAUUUGUUUUACAAAUGGUGAAUGCAUUCCAAAAUUAGUGACACUUUCCUUAAAUUUUGUCAGAUCUAGCACUUCCACAGAGCACCAUUCAGCUUCAUGAUAAUCCUGUGGAUGGUCAUCAUCUGCUGGUCUCUGUAUAGUGACUGGAUAAGCCAACGUUUGUUUUCUAACCACCUUUGGUAGGCUUUCUUUAUUUUUAUCUUUUGCCUCUGCCUGAGCAUUUUCUUUACUUAGUAUUCUAAACUCUUCUUUUAAGGUCUGCACCCAUAUUUCAUACCUAUCUCACUGUUGUUUGUUUUGUUCAAUAAUAUCUUGAAUUUCUUGUUUUAUGCCUCACUUCCAAGUUUUAAGUUUUUCUUUAUAUUGUUCUAGUUGUUCUUUGUGUUGUCCCAAUAUCUUUUCUAAAGCCUUUACCUUUGAGAAGACAUAAAAGGUUAAUCCAAUGAUUAAAGUUAAAUUGAGGACUAUAAAUAUAACCAUAGUCAUAAGGUCUAAAUUUUCCUUUAUUUCUGUCUUAAAACUGUAGAAGAGAGUAUCAGCCAAGCUCCAAGAAGUCUCUCCCAUCCUGUUUGCUUUGUUUACUUAAAAUUUGUGUAUAGCAUAAAAGUGUGAUUUAUUAAACAAUUUACCUGAUUACAA